GGAGGAUAGAAGUUCGAUUUGCCAAGAAUAAUAGUUACGAUCCCGACUAUUGAUCCUCGGAUACAGUCGAUAUACUUCGAUUUUCUAUCGGCUUGUAACUCAUCUCGGGACAUGUGGUUGUCUUGAGCAAAGCGAAUUUCCUUCUCAGUCCGAAGGCUAGUCCUUUCGCGGGCAAAGUCCCAUUGCAUUCCUUUUUCUUCCAUUCGAUAACAUUCCUUCUAUAUAAUGCAAUUUUCGCUUCGCGCGGCAGGCCUCGUGAGCCUGCUGGCAGGUGCAACGGGUGCCAUACAAGUCGACUUCAAUGAUGACAACUCCAUCAAGGACGCAGCGAGUACUGUCGCCUUCGGCUUACUGAAAUACUACACAGGAAAUAACACAGGUGAUACACCGGGUAACUUACCUGAUCCAUAUUUCUGGUGGGAAGCGGGAGCUAUGUUUGGCACCUUGGUUGACUAUUGGUUUUACACCGGUGAUUCGACAUAUAACGACGUGACUACGCAAGCAAUGCAACACCAAGCAGGCGAAGAUAGUGAUUACAUGCCACAGAAUCAAACGAGAUCAUUAGGAAACGACGAUCAAGGAUUUUGGGCUAUGGCAGCAAUGACUGCUACAGAGAAUAACUUCCCGAAUCCACCGAAGGAUCAGCCGCAAUGGUUGGCAUUAGUACAAGCCGUCUUCAACGAAUAUGUGACUCGAUGGGAUACCGAAAAGUGUGGUGGAGGUUUACGAUGGCAGGUGUUCACAUUCAACAAUGGUUUCAACUAUAAGAACUCGAUCUCCAACGGUUGCUUUUUUAAUAUUGCUUCCCGAUUAGCAAGAUAUACAGGGAAUCAAACGUACGCCGACUGGGCCGAGAAAGUCUGGGAUUGGAUGGAGCAAGUGAAAUUUAUUGAUGCCGACUUCAACAUUUAUGAUGGAGCUGGUGUAGACGAUGGUUGCUCAGAAUUGAACAAGGCGCAGUGGACUUAUAACGCUGGCAUUUUCCUUCAAGGUAGUGCCAUGAUGUACAACUUUACAGAUGGUAACGAUACCUGGAAGCAGCGCGUGGAUGGUCUGGUGAAGAGGACGACCGACUUUUUCUUCGACGAUGGAAUUGUGGUGGAACGACCGUGCGAAUCCUUCAACCAGUGUGAUCAGGAUCAACAGAGCUUCAAGGGUUAUUUGAUGAGGUGGAUGGCAUCUGCAUCACAAAUGGCACCGUUCACCUUUGAUACGCUCAUGCCGCUGGUUCAGUCAAAUGCCGCAGCAGCUGCGCAACAAUGCUCUGGAUCACCACCUGCUACCCAGUAUAAGGGCCAACCUGGUACGGCUUGUGGUUUCAAAUGGACAGAAAAGGCCAAUUUCGAUGGAUUGGUUGGUGUCGGCGAGCAAAUGAGUGCAUUGUCUGCCAUACAAUAUACGAUGAUCAAGAAGCAGGCAGUGAAGGCACCUGUAACCGCGGAUUCAGGCGGUACAUCAGUUGGCAAUCCUAACGCUGGCCGACCUAUGGAAGACUACAUGCCGGUUAUGGCUCCGAUCACAAUAGGGGAGAAGGUGGCGGCCGGAUUCUUGACAACAGCCUUUGCGUUCAGCGUUGUAGGCGCAUCUUUCUUUGUAAUGAAAGAAUAGAAGAUUCGUAUGAGGAAUAUGAGGUUAUUUUCGCAGGACUCCUGCUAGAGCACCAGGAAAUAAAAUCUGGUAUUAUGAUAUAUGGGACGUGCCUGGUAAAUAGCAUCACCGGCGGCGUUCCGGGAUAGCUUUUGGAUAUACCUGCUUUGAAAGCACUUCUAUAAUACACCACCGAUUUACAAUUGUCUUUCGCAACUUGUAGUUGUGCUUUGAUACUUGCUACAGGG